AUGGUGCGGUACGAAGAAAGGCGGCAACAUUUGAUUACGUUUCUGGUCUCGCUAUGUGCUAUUAUUGGAGGCGUAUUCACUGUCGCUCAGAUGCUCGACUCUAUGAUUUAUCACUCAUCUCGAGUCAUUGAAAGGAAACUUAUCCUGAAUAAGCUUGGUUAA